GGUGAGGUGGAUAAGAACAGGAGAACAAGACAACCUCAGAUAACAAAAAACUGUCGUUUCAGUUUUCACAGACAUAGAACAGAGGAACAAAGAAAGGAACAAAACAACCAAACCCAGUUCUGUUUCACUGUCUUGUGUUUUUCCCAUUACAUUCACAAAUUACAUUACAUUCACUAUUCUUCCUCUCAUUUCCAAAUCCCUCUUCUCUUUUCUUCUCCACGCCUUUUUAUUUUUGCCCCUUAAUUUAAUUCUCAAUUUUCACGAACCCUUUUUUCAAUUUCUGCAAUUGAUCAGUAACGGGAUUUUUGUUUAUGCAUGCGAACUAUCUUUUGACUUCAUUCGGCGUGCUGCUAAUUGCCAAUUCAGAAUCAGAGUUGUCACUGUUAGUUUCCGAGUCCCUUUCUUGCGAUAUAGGGUUUACUCUUUAUUUUAUUUUAUUUUAAGAUUCGCGAUUCUAGAAUUUUUUAAUCGUGAUUCCCCUUCAUCACGUGCUGGCUCUUUUGGGGUUUCCGAAAGUUGUGUUUUUUUUGGGCGGGAAACUGUGUCUACGAGUCAGCACUAGAAUAGAACUGAAUGAAAUUGGGUUCUAAAGGGGAUGGAGGAUCCUUAUGAGGUGAUUGGGUCAAAAGGGUUGAUAAAAAAACAUGAAUUUGUGAGGAUCAUAGUGCAGUGUUUGCAUUCAUUAGGGUAUGGUAAAUCUGCGGCUUGUUUGGAACUGGAAUCAGGUGUUUCAUUCAAGUCCCCAGAGUUUAAGUUGCUUGAAUCUCGUGUACUGGAUGGAGAUUGGGAUGGUUGUGUUAGUUUUCUUAAUUCUAUAGGGGAUGUAUUAGGUGAUGAUGCUAGAGAGUCCGCUAUGUUUCUUGUCUUGAAGCAGUGUCUUUUGGAGUAUCUGAAGCAUGGUGAGGAUUUUUUGGCUUUAGAUGUGUUGAGGAAACGGGUUUCUGCGAUGAAUGUGGACCGUCGAAAGGUUCACAGGCUGGCUUGUAGUAUGCUGACCUUGAAAGAUGUGGAUUUAGAUGAUGGUGAUGUUUAUGAUUUACGGAGGAAGUUGUUGACUGAUUUGGAAAACACGCUUCCUCCUCCAAUUUCAAUACCUAAUGGAAGAUUGGAGCACUUGGUUGAAACAAGUGUUACUGCUUGGGUUGACUCAUGUUUAUAUCACAGUUCGUCAAAUUCGAUUUCACUUUAUGAGGAUCAUCAUUGUGGUAGGGAUCAAAUUCCUACUACAACUACUCAGAUAUUGACUGGACAUAAAAAUGAAGUCUGGUUUGUUCAAUUCUCUAAUAAUGGAGAGCAUCUAGCUUCUUCAUCCAAUGAUUGUACAGCCAUCAUAUGGAAGGUGCUAGAAGAUGGGAAGUUGAUAUUGAAACACACACUUUGUGGUCACCAACGGCCUGUUUCUUUUGUGGCAUGGAGUCCCGAUGACACUAUGUUGCUUACAUGUGGGAACACAGAAGUUUUGAAGCUGUGGGAUGUUGAAACUGGUACAUGCAAGCAUACAUAUGGGAAUCAAGGCUUUGUUGUCAGCUCAUGUGCCUGGUUUCCCAACUCAACCCAGUUUGUGUGUGGCAGUUCUGACCCUGAAAAGGGUAUCUGCAUGUGGGAUUGUGAUGGAAAUGAGAUAAGAGCUUGGAGAGGAAUAAGGAUGCCCAAAGUUGUAGAUAUUGCUGUUACUCCAGAUGGUGAGUAUCUUAUCAGCAUAUUCUUGGAUAAAGAAAUACGGAUUUUGCAUAUAGAAACCAAUGCCGAACGAGUCAUUUCAGAGGAGCACCCUAUCACGUCCAUUUCAGUUUCUAGAGAUAGUAAGUUCUUCAUUGUCAGUCUGAACAGCCAGGAGAUUCAUAUGUGGGAUGUGGCUGGGAAAUGGGAUAAGCCGUUGAGGUAUACAGGCCACAAGCAAUGUAAAUAUGUGAUCAGGUCCUGCUUUGGUGGAUUGGAUAGCACAUUUAUUGCCAGUGGCAGUGAGAAUUCACAGGUAUACAUUUGGAAUUCUCGGAACUCGAGGCCAAUAGAGGUUUUAUCUGGGCACUCCCUGACUGUGAAUAGUGUGAGUUGGAAUCCUAAAAGGCCACAAAUGUUAGCAUCUGCAAGUGAUGAUUAUACAAUUCGUAUAUGGGGACCAAGCUUAUAGAAAAGAAUGCAACUUGAAGAGUGCAGUUGAAUACACAUUGCAUAUUAAGUAAUCAAGUCUAGUUUAGUGUACAUAAUAUAAGCUCUCCAUUAUUUUCCUUCCACAUUAAGUUAUUCAGUAUGAGUUUGUAAAAGUCCUGGUUUAUCCAUCCAGGAAUUUUGGAAUUUUGGUGUACAUUUCCAUCUGCAAAUCUUCUUUCCAUCUUUUGUUUUUAUACCCUUCAUUGGUCAGUUCCCCUUUAAUUUGUGCAGAAACUAGAGACUGAUGGGUAAAACUUUAAGUCUUUAUUCUGGUUCACAUUUUACUAUGC